UCCAGAGGCAAUGUCAUCGCUGGUGAAGGAGGACUUGGAGAAGAAACUGUUUAAGCCACUCUCUCAGCAUCUGUACGAGUUCAUUGAAAUAGAGUUCUCCGUUCAGGACAGGUAUUACCUCUGCGUGUCAGUGACCAAAACUGAAGAAGUGAAAAUCAUCAUCGUGAAACACUACAGAGUAGGCUUAGACGAGAAAUAUGAAGUCACAAAGAAGUGGUCUUUGAACGACCUGGAGAUGAUUGAUGGAAAAGAAGCAGAUACCGACAAUCCGUUUUUUGACCUGCACUUCAAGAAAGUGUACUGUUUGGAAGCAUAUAGCUGUGCUUCCAAGUACUCCUUUGCCCGAACUGUAACCAAGCUGAACGAUGCCUACUUAAAGAAGGACCUGCAGAUCGUGAACUUUGACGCCACCUACAUCCGUGAUGAUUCCAUCUGGUCCUCCAACAAUAAGGACUGCCUGGUCCUCAUGAGGAUAUGCUUUUAUGCUUUCAACCUCGUGUGCCUGUCCCUCUGUCCCCUGCCCCUUUGA